AUGGAUAAUGGGUGUAAACUCAUUGCAAGGAUACCAUGCACACGCACAGAACAAGCCUUCCUCGCGUCUGAGGUAGCGACACUCAAAUACUUGCGUCAAUAUACAUCCCUUCCAGUUCCAAAUGUCCUCGCCUGGAACUCAGAUAAGACAAAUGAGAUUGGUUCGGAAUAUUUGAUCAUAGAGAAGACUCCUGGGGUUGCUCUCAAAGACUUGUGGGGAAAUCUAAGUACCCUGGAUCGCUACAGCAUAAUUGAGAAGAUUGUUGCUAUGGAGACUGAGCUUGCAAAUCUGGAUUUCCCAGCAUUCGGUGCUCUCUACUUGCGGGGUUCGGCAUCUGCUCAACCGAAGUAUUAUCCGCUGGCGUCUGAACGCGACUGUGGUGAAUCUUUCUGCGUUGGACCAAUAUAUAAGUUGUCACAAACAGAUGACAACACGGAAUCGUCUGGAGAGUUAAAGUCUUUCGGGCCUUGGUUAUCUUUUGAAAAUUUCGCCUCGUACUUCGGUCAGCAACAGGUGACUACCCAAACAAUUCGCCAGAGUGUCGAAAAUAAGUUCCAAGCUAUGACUCAAGUUCAUUUCGACCCUAUCGAUGAAACUAGAGCCCUGCUAGAAAAGGCCUCGAUUUUGACGCCUAUUUUGACCUCGGACAAUCGAGUCCAGAGAGUCUCGAAACCAACUUUGUGGCAUAGUGGUUUACCUCUUGACGAUAUCCUGGUUUCGGCGACACAGCCUACAAAUAUUCUUGGAAUUAUCGGUUGGCAGUCAGCUAAAAUACUUCCUUUAUUUCUACAAGCACAGUUCCCCAAAUUUCUUGGAACUUCCAGAUCUCAUAAACUUGGCGAUUCUAUGCCUAGCCUCUCUGGUUUUGCUGAACUCAGUCCCGAACAGAAGCAAAGCGUACUUCAGAACCAAGACACGGCCGCCCGUACCAGAUAUUACGAAAUGUGCAUAUUUGACUACAAUAACCCAGUUUAUGAGGCAUUGAAUCUUGACCCAAAACUGACUGAACUGUAUCGGUACUACGACUUAUCCACAGAGGGUGAUAUACUAGGCCUUUACAGCUACCUAAUCUCUGUCUCGGCAGAAUGGGAUAGUUUGGGAUUAUCUGGUGAUUGCCCAUUUCAAUUCACCUCGGAGGAGUUAGUGCAGUUUCAGAAGCAGCACGCUCAAUUUAGCGAUGCUUUGAACACAAAGAGCUCAUGA